AUGGCUCCUAUUCUCACAAGGAGUUGGAUUUGGAGGAGACUAUCGAAGCUCAGGCCAUUGGCAAGACCCUUCGUUUUCUCUCAAAUCCAUUCAGGAACAGAAGCACCGUUUUGGCAUGAUAAUUGGAUGGGACUCGGACCGUUGUUAGACUUAUUUGGAGAUGCGGGUCCAAGAGUAAUGGGUAUUAGGCUUCUAGCCCUUGUUGGUGAUGUAGUAUCACAAGGUUUGGUUCAAGGAAAAAAUACCCAAGAUGGCAUUCAUGGCAUGACUUACAGUUCAAGACAGGCUCACAACAAGAGAUUGACUGAUUCGCUGGAGUCUCCCAGUUCCUUCAUCUUGCCUCCUCUGUCAGACAGGCAUGCCAUAUCUCGAUGGAGAAAGGCACAAAUGCCAUAUGGACGCGAAACCAUUGAGGAUUUAAAAUCAAAACUGGCGACCGCACAGGCGGAUGACACUAGUUCGGUCGAGGAAAUUGCAGGAUUAACCUGGCAACUUCGUGAAGCGUAUCGGGAUGAGGAAGUGUAUUGGUUCCAGAAAAGUCGUAGUCGUUGGAUGAGAUUUGGGGAUCACAAUACCAGUUAUUUCAUGCCCAGACUAAACAACGGCGGGCACGAAAUCGCAUUGCUGGGAUUAUUUACCUCUUCGGCUCCUUCCGAUUUUGAGGAAGCACUAGGGGAAAUACAACCGGUUAUCACGGAAGCAAUUAAUGAGAUUUUAACUCAAGAUGCCUCUGAAAAAGAGGUCAAGGAGGCUUUGUUUAUGAUGUACCCUGAUAAGGCCCGGGUGGACAAGCCGACAAAGAUGACGGAACUACGGCCAAUUAGCUUAUGUAAUGUUGGGUAUAAGGUUAUUUCAAAGGAGAUGUUUCAUGGGCUUCGCUCUAACCCUUCUUGCAAGGGGAAGUACAUGGCUAUCAAAACAGAUAUGAGUAAGGCAUAUGAUAGAGUUGAAUGGUCAUUUAUUGAUCGUUUACUACGUAAAUUCGGUUUCUGUGAUAGGUGGUUAUCCUGGAUCAUGUGGUGUGUGACGUCGGUCCAGUAUAAGGUUCUACUUAAUGGAGAACCCCAUGGUUCAAUCAUUCCUCAUCGGGGGCUUCAGCAGGGAGACCCUUUGUCACCUUAUCUUUUCAUUCUUUGUACUGAAGUACUAAUUGCUAAUCUUAGGAAGGCAGAGCAAUCCAAGCUCAUAACCGGAAUUAUGGUUUCGACUGCUUGUCCGACGAUCUCUCAUCUACUAUUUGCGGAUAAUAGUCUUUUCUCUGUCGCGCCACGAAGGAACAAUGUGGAGUUGUCUUACGAAUUCUCCAGCAGUAUGAGCGGGUUUCCGGAUAGGUUACAGGCACGAGCUGGCGGAUGGCCGGCCCGAUUGUUGUCCAAAGGAGGCAAAGAGGUCAUGAUUAAAUCUGUUGCUACGGCGGUUCCCACUUUUGUUAUGUCCUAUUUUCGUCUUCCGAAAACGGUCACACAGAAGCUCACCAGUGCAAUCUCUAAUUUCUGGUGGAGCUCUUCUGAUCAGUCACAAGAACUUCACUGGGUGGCUUGGGAUAGGCUAUGCCUAACCAAGUCAGAAGGGGGUUUGGGAUUUCGUUGUUUAGAUGACUAUAAUACGGCUCUGCUGGCCAAGCAGUUUUGGCGUUUGAUUACGGUUCCGGAAUCACUAUUUGCUAGGGUGUUUAAAGGACGAUACUAUCGGCACUCGGAUCCUAUGGAUCCAAUUAAAUCCUACUCCCCAUCUUAUGGGUGGCGGAGUAUGGUGUCUGCUCGCUCUCUGGUUAACAAAGGACUCAUUACACGUGUAGGGUCUGGGGCUUCCAUUUCAGUAUGGACUGACCCUUGGAUACCUGCUCAAUUCCCAAGACCAGCAAUAAGCUCUGGGUUGCCUCUCACCCCUUCGCUUCGAGUUAACUCUUUCGUUGAAAGGACCACUAAUUCCUGGGAUAUGGCCUUGCUUUCGGCCGCCUUUGUGCCGAAAGAUGUUGCCAUCAUUUCUGCUAUUCCUUUAGGUACGCCAACGUCCUCGGACAUGUUGGGAUGGCAUUUCACCAAAUCUGGUACUUAUUCGGUUAAAUCGGGAUAUCAUAUCUUACGCCAGGCGACAACGUCAAGGACCAUUUGUGGUCCUGACAUUACACUGCUUCAGGCCUUUGUUUGGAAAAUUCGGUGUCCUCCUAAAAUCAGGCAUUUUUUUUGGCAAGCUAUCACAGGAUGUAUCGCAGUCACUUCGAAUCUUCGCAAACGUGGACUGAGUUGUGAUACAACGUGUGCUUUCUGUGGUUUUCCGGUCGAGACAAUUAAUCACGUCCUCUUUGAGUGUUCUCCGGCAAGGCAGGUGUGGGCUUUGUCAUCUUUCCCAACAGGGCCGGAUGCAUUUCCAACUGCUUCUAUUUAUGCAAACAUGGAUUUCUUAUUUUGGAGGGCUAAGCAGUCCCCCACCCCAGAUGUUUAUCCCUGGAUAUUGUGGUAUAUUUGGAAAGCUCGGAAUGAUAAAGUUUUUUCCAACCUGGAUUCGAAUCCGCUGGCGCUUUCGCGAAUAGCAGAAGAGGAAUCUCAAGCCUGGUUCCGUGCUCAGCUGGAUGACCCGGUCGAUGUACCGGUCGGUGCUCAACAUGUUACGCACAGUGACAGAUGUAGGAUGGUGGUCGCUAGACCUGCUUUGGGUUGCCUUUGUUUUGUAGAUGGGUCUUGGAAAGCCACGGACAAAUAUGUUGGUCGUGGCUGGUUUUGUACCUCUUCUGGGGAGGAGGCUCCCACUAUGGGGGCCGCCAACCUUCGUCGUAGUCUUACGCCUCUUCAUGCAGAGAUGGAAGCGCUUAUAUGGGCGAUGCGAUGUAUGAUUAGUGCAGAUAAUCAAGACGUGGUCUUUCUUACCGACUGCUCUGAUCUGGUGAAGAUGGUGUCUUCGCCUUCCGAGUGGCCAGCCUUCAAGCCGUACUUUGAGGAGAUACAAGCUGAUAGGAAGGAGUUCCACUCUUUUUCCUUAGCCUUGGUUCCCCGCGCUCAGAAUAGUAAAGCUGACAAUCUGGCACGACGUGUUCGAACCGUUUCGCAUCCAGCUACCUUUGUAAAUAAUAUUCCUUCUCAUUGGCUGUUUUGA